CACACCCUUUGCUCUGACCAACUGCACUGUUGUAACAUACGACAAUGGCGACCGCACGAUGUUGUCGCAGACCGUCGUCGAGCGCAUUGCAGAGCGUCUUCGCGACAACCAGCGCGCAACAUGCCACCCUACCAUCCUUCCUGGUCCCCGCGCUGGCCUCCCACCCUCAGACCUCCGCCUUCUCCACCACCUCCCAGUGCCGCUCCAAGAUCGGCCGUGCUCCGCUUUCACUACCGCCCGAGGUGAAGUUCACAAUCACUCAGUCUGCAGCUUCUGGACGAUCCGGCGGCAUUAGCCGCACACAGCCAGGCUCGGUUGUGAAUAUUGAGGGACCGAAAGGCACACUGAGCGUCGCGAUACCGCCAUACAUGAGUGUUUUGGGCGACGAUGCGACUGGGAUACGUACUCUGAGUAUUCUGGACGCUGAGGAUAGGAAGCAGAGGGAGAUGUGGGGUACCGUCCGCGCAUACCUCCAAAACCACAUCCUCGGCGUCAGCGAAGGCCACACAGCCAUCCUACGUUUAGUCGGCGUAGGGUAUCGUGCGACCAUUGAAUCUACCGCAGUCACCAAGCAGCCGGAGUACCCUGGUCAGAAGUUCGUGUCCCUCAAGGUUGGCUACUCGCAUCCGAUCGAACUGGGAGUGCCGAAGGGCAUUACGGCGAGCACGCCACAGCCUACGCGGAUUCUCUUGGAGGGGAUCGAGAAGCAAGUGGUCAAGCAGUUUGCGGCUGAGAUUCGAGAGUGGCGGAAACCGGAGCCGUAUAAGGGGAAGGGGAUUUUCGUCAACGAUGAGACGAUCAGGCUGAAGGCGAAGAAGAUUAAGUAGUCGAUCAAUCCAGUUGCCCGUUGCAGCUCUACUCCAACCACUCUUCCAGAAUUUCACUAGAGUACUGUAGGUAGCACAUGGCGCAGGCAGGAUUGUACGGUGUUUCGAUAGGAGCAAGGAGACACAUGCGG